UUGUACCAAGUUUCUUAUAGGGUAUACUAAGUUGGUACUGCACUAGUAAUUUGGUUUCUUUUAUUUUUUUUAACUAAUGUGUCCAGAGAUACACAAAGGGUAGCUAAUUUAUUACUGUAUUUCAGAACAAAGAAAAAUGGCGAGUGGUAAUUGUAUGUUGUAUUGUAAUGGAACAUUAUGUGAUAGAUAAGUACAGUAAGUGCCUGGUGAUAAGACUAGUUGGGUGUUGUCUCCUCUCUUGAUUGUUUUUAGUCGUAUGUCUCGUAAAGUUGUUUGUAAUUUAAGAAAUCGUACAUGAGGAGUACAUUAUGUAAAAAUUUUGUGAUCGGUGUAUUCAGUCUGCAACACAUUAUAUAGUACAGUGCUUUUAAAAAUUUGCUUGACUCCUAAGUUAGUGUGAGUAACUCAGGAAAAAAAUAACAUGGAAAGUUUUAUAGAAUAAGUUCUUGAAUGCCACUUUGUAAGGAAAUGAUGUGUAUGAGUCAUAAUAUUCAUAUGUUUGACAAUUGGAUGUAAAUCUUGUUGAGAAGAAAAUCAUAUAAGGGUCAAGUAUAUACUGUAUUUGUAGAAUAAUAGUACUAUAAUGUCAUUGAAGAAUAAGAAUUAUAAAAAAAACAAGCUUGCCCUAGAAAUAGAAGCGAGUCAUUUAUACAACCGCCGGAAGAAUGGUACUCCACAGUCUGAGGACAGUGAUCUGUUGAAACCAGAAGAUGGCACUUCACAACAUUUACAGUCGACUGAACUUCCUCUCGGUUGUGGGGCUUCUAGAAAUUCUUUACAUUCACAGAAGAGUCCCAUUUAUGUCUUGCCUUAUGCUUCCACUAGCAGUUUUAACCAAAAACCAACUGGUGAGUCACAACUUAAACAGGUUAACCCUGUUAUGAAACCUCCCCGAAAAUAUUACCAAGAACCAGCAGAUAAUGACCCCAGUGAGGAUUUCAUGCACAAACGUGUAACAGCUCUGGAUACUCCAGAGUUAGAAGCAGAGUUUCGAAAACAGUUCAUAGGCAGAAUUGACCUAGAGGAAGCUCUAAAAGAUCGACCACCAAGUUUCACACCCCCUGAGAGUCUCCACAUCAUGUCUCUGGGGUCAAUGACCUGCACUCGGUGUGGGGAUGGCUUUGAACCCCAAGAGAAGAUCGUCAACUCUAAUGGACAACUGUGGCACACCCAGUGCUUUGUAUGUGCACAGUGCUUCCGUCCAUUCCCUGACGACAUUUUCUAUGAAUUUGAAGGCCGUAAAUAUUGCGAGCAUGAUUUCCAAGUUCUCUUUGCACCGUGCUGUGGAAAAUGUAAUGAAUUCAUCAUUGGCAGAGUUAUAAAGGCCAUGAAUUCUAACUGGCAUCCAAGAUGCUUCACAUGUGAACUCUGUAGCAAGGAACUAGCAGACUUGGGAUUCAUCCGUAAUGCUGGACGGGCACUUUGCCAUGAGUGCAAUGCUCGAGUGAAAGCAGAAUCACUUGGGAAGUACAUGUGUCAUAAGUGCCAUUCAACAAUUGAUGGCCAACCACUGCGAUGGCGUGGGGACACCUUCCAUCCAUACCAUUAUAAUUGUGCUUCAUGUGGCAAUGAAUUAACAGCUGAUGCUAGAGAGGUCAAGAGUCGACCAGGAUACACAGCCAAUGAGAUGAAUGAGCUGUAUUGCCUCCGUUGCCAUGACAAAAUGGGCAUUCCAAUUUGUGGCGCAUGUCGUCGUCCUAUUGAAGAGCGUGUGGUAACAGCCCUUGGCAAACAUUGGCAUGUAGAACACUUUGUUUGUGCCAAGUGUGAGAAACCAUUUAUGGGGAAUCGCCACUAUGAACGGAAAGGCAUGGCAUACUGUGAAACUCAUUAUCAUGAGUUGUUUGGAAGCUUAUGCUUUAUAUGUAAUGCAGUCAUUUAUGGUGAUGUUGUGAUGGCUCUCAACAAAGCCUGGUGCAGUCAUCACUUUGCCUGUGCUGUCUGUGACAUUAAAAUGACACAGAAAACUAAGUUCUUUGAGUUUGAUCAAAAACCUAUAUGUAAGAAGUGCUAUGAAAAGUUCCCGCAGGAGUUGAAGAAACGUCUCAAAAAGCAGCAUGAUACCCAGGCCCGUGGGGGCAAGCCAAUUCCAUAGAUACCAGCAAUCUGAAAAUUAUGGGUGAUACAAAGUUUUAAGUUCUUUAAAGAAAAAUUCAGUAGUGCUGAUAAGAAUUUUAUAUCACCUGAUCAUAAUAUGAUUUACUAACUGAAUACUAUAUUAUGAGUGCUUAAAAAGGUUUUGAAUCAAAUCAAAUGUUUAUUUGAUACAUUUGUUUAUAAAUUAUAUUUAUACUUAAAUUUUUUUAGUAUGUACAGUAUGUACAAUAUUUCAUUUAGGUUGAAAAAAUUCUCAUUUUAUCCUUUACUUUAUCUUUCUAUUUUUUUUUUUUUUUUUUGCUCCUUUUUAUAUUUUCUAUGGAGUGAAAUGUUAUGUGGAGAUGUAGGUGUUCAGUGAUGAAAAAGGAAUCUCUGAUAAAGAUGUUGGGAGCUUGAAUAUCAAAACCAGUAAGUAUUUACUUACCAGUAUCAAUAUUGUCUGUACAUUCUUCCAAUGUGAAGCUGAGGGGAUCUUGCAGUCACCACACCUAUUGCUCUCUGCUGCACGUUUCAUAUUUAUGACUGAACACUCCCCAUGAAGGGUAUCAUGUAUUACCCACUGAGUCUCUGGUUGAAAAUGUAGUGACUAGUACAGGUACCAAAAAUUGUUUUUAACCCAAUAUUGUACUGACAAAGCCCAUAUUGUGGCUGUGUUGGAGGAGAAAGCAAGAAAUAUGGAGGUACUGUAAGUCCACUCUUACUGAAUACAAUACAGUAAUGUCUCUCUUAGGUGCAACAGUUAGUGUACAUGGUAUUGCAGCGAUGAGACUUUUCAGAUGGGCUUAUUUUUGUCCCAAAUACAUGAUUAAUACUUUUAAAAAGUCAUACGUAUUACUGUAAAUUAUUGCAACGAUGAUUUGGACUCAUAUUGACUUAUAAACAUGGAUUUCAAAUAUAGCUUUAUUCUUCUUAGUACUUAUGUACAUAAGACAUAAUAAAAAAUUUAAAAACAUUGUACUGUACUCAUCAGAUGUGGGGCUGUAUAGAGUUGUAAGUGGAUAAAGUAGUCAGUGUAGCAGGCAAUACCUUUAGUAAGAUGACAAAUGAACUACUUUUCCUGUGAUGUACUAAGGAAAGGGAGGUUAUUAAGAAUCUUCAUCGGGUGUUGGCCUUAAUGAUUGGAAAAUUCUAAGUAUGUUUUGGCAUGGUGAAUAUGCAUACACAUAACUAUAGUACAAUUACAGUAAUACAGUACAGUAUUGCCACAACAUCCACAGUUCAGUUAUCACAGCAUGUAAUCACAGCACAUUUACUAUGUCGUCCCUCAUAGUGUAGUUAACUUUAAUGAUAUGUUUAGUUACAAUAUGCCACUAAUGUAAUAUCGUCCAUAUGUGCCUAAUACUGCAAUAACAUUAAUGUUUUUGUUUUCAUUGCAAGUACCAAGAGCAUCAGCUGCUCCACUGUUGGCUGCAAGGUUCUAAAUGUUAUGAGAGAUGUACCUAGGCGGAAGGGUUAUUGGUACGGAGCAACAAUCAAACCUUUAAACCUCAUAUAGCCACAUUAUCAGUUUCAUCCCUUAGCUGCAAUCCUUUAAAAUUUUUGCACCUGAGAGAGGUUUUACUGUAGACACAGACCCAAUGCUUAAGGACAGCUUGGGCUGACCUCUUUCUUUCUUUCGUUCUCCUCCAGGUCCAAGUUACACUAACAUACAGUUGUGUGAAUUUUCACAUUCUCAAACAAAGUGCUGUGUCUGAUGGUUCACUUAAAAGUCCUAUCCUUUUUAUUACCCUCUUUAAUCCUACAAUUUUCCUGCUUCAUUCACUUAGAUGGUUGAGCUUCCAUGUCAUCAUCAUACAGUCCAGAUAUUUAAAUUGUCAUAACUAUUUCAGCCAGUCAUCAUAUUUGGUUCCCUUUUCUUGAAACAUAUCUACUGUACCUUCUCUUACAAUAAGAAUAUAUAAGCUUUUAAAAGUUGUUAAAUGACUCAUAUUUUUUACAUCAUAAUUUUGUUUUAAGUACAGUAAUUAAAAACUAAUUAUUAUGCCUGUACAGAGUAUUGGUAUUACCCAACAUGUUGCAUGUACUGUACAGUAUAACAGGGAACUCAUGAAUCAAGAUUCAGCACAAAAAAAGUUAAAAUUAAUAAAUAAAAAUUAAGGAUAAGGCUUUUGUACAUUCUAAUUUUGAUGUAAGUUUAAUAUCAUUGAUGAUUUGUUGCGAGGUAAUAAUUAAAUGUAAGUAAUAGUUGCCUGACAGGAUCUUGUACUGUAUACCUAUUCCAUAGCAUUUUGUGUAAGAGUUGAUUGAAGAACUGUAUACACUAUCAAGAUAUAUUUUGUAUCUUAGCAAACUAGUUAGUGAUUGAUGUUGAAAGUUUUAACAAUUAUGCACUCUCCUUACACAUUUAAUUUAAUAUUUUUAUGAUUCCCUCACAAGAGUCCAAUUAUCUAAAACAAAGUGGCACAGGAUUCAGUAUGAAGUAUUAUCUUAUAGCUAUUAUCAUGAUUGAUCUUAUGACUUAGAUAUCAACAAAUUAUAUUAGAAAUUAUAUAUUCAUACUUUUUGUCUUUUCCAUUGUUAACUUAAUGGAACACAAAAUACUAACAUUAUGAUUAAAAAAUUUUCUCCUUAUGUUAUUCACCAUUUAUCUUUUCUUUCUUUCUUUCAUAUGGUGAAUAUGCCUGGAAAAGUUUAUUGUAAUGUGGUAAUAGAGAAAAUGGAUAAAAGAAGUUGCAAGGUAGAUGAGGAAAGAGAUAACAAUAAAACUGUUGACAGAAAAGUGCCUGGCAGAAAGUAAGAAACUGUUCUCAAGAUUUUGUAAACAUGUAGAAGGCAAAUGAGAGAGUAACUAGGAGGCAUUGAGUGAGGCAAGGAAGAUGUAUAGUGUGAGUUACUCUAAUUGAUACAGUACAAGCAUUCUAUAAAAUUAGAAUGGCAAAUGUGAGGAAUGUGUACAGGAAUCCUCCAUUUUGUGUGUUUUAUUUUAGUGCAUUUUAUUUUUAUGUGGGUCUUAUAUUAUGGAAUACUUUUUAUUAGAACACCCAGUUACCAUUGCAGUUUUUUUAUUUUGUGUGUUUUUAACAAUGGUACAGGUUACCCUCAACACAGUUACACAUGUGUCUUAUGUAUCAUGUGCUCAGUUUAUCUCAUGAUUACUUCAUUGUAGUAUCAUUCUGUUCAAACACCAGUAUUAAUUGCAUUAAUUGUACAUUUGCUUUGCUAAUUUCAAUGUAAAUUACUUUACCUGGCAUAUGAUAAACUUUAUUGUGUGCUGGGUAUCCUAUAUAUCAUCUGCUUAAAGCAUUAUUCAGUGUACUGUACUGUAAAUAAUAGCUGGUGUGAAGUAAUUGUGCUCAAAAUAAAUUCAUUAUCAUUAAAACAUUUGUCCUUUUUAAUCGUACAGUAUUUCUAGUGUAUUUUUGUUUUGUUCAUUUUAAUUUAGCACUUAAUUUUUCAGGAAUGCAACCACACAAAAUUAUGGAUAUCUGUAUGUAUGUAUGUAUGUUUGUGUGUGUAUAGAUGUAGCAGAAGCAAAGCUGUAACUGGGUACAGUAAUGGGAUCUGGCUCUUAGUACCAUGUUUGCCUUGAAAACGAUGAUGGAUGAGAAUGACAUGGUGUAUAACAGUAGAGAGAUAUAUACUCAGUAGGAGAAUGCUUGGAAGAGGCUAGGGAAUACAAACACUUGGGAAAGAUGUUGCAUAAAAGUGGUAUGAUGAGUGAAAUCCUGGAUAGAACAAUACAGGGGAGGUAGAGGAGGAUUAAAAUGUUUGGAGAUGAAAAGUGACUGAGAAUUAGUUGAGUUAAUAUAAAGAGAAGAGCACUAAUGAAGAAAUUGGUAUAUGCAUAUAAAUUCUGCCAUUUACAGUACAGUAUUUAGAGAUAACGGUUGUAAUUUUUUCCUCUGAAACGGGUUGUUUUUCCUUACGAAAAUUCAUGUGGGAUUUGUACAAUGUUACAUAAAAAGUGAAUAAGAAUAUCCAAGUUAAAAUUUACAUCAACCAAAGUACAUAUAAAAGAAAAUUCGAAACAUCACCAUCUCUUCCCUUUUUAUGGCUAAUUAUUAUACAUAUCCAUAUCAAUUGUCCUCGUAUGGUGAUAAGUAAUUAGGAUCCUUAGGUUCUAAAUCCCAAGUCUUUCUAUAUUUAAAUCAUCUGGGAUGUUGUUGACCUUAAGUUUUAUUGGUAAAUAAUUCUUCUUAAGCUCCCUAUUGUUGUCAAUUUAACAAAAUCCUUGAUUUUACCACUGCUUAUCAUCUAGUUUUUAUAUGUAUAGAUAUCUGUAACAAUACCAUUGACUAAUGAAUCUAUAUAAUAUAUCCUCUCAAAAUGCCAGUGAAAAUUUCUUGCUGAUGGUUGUAGUAGUCACUAAGAUAUGAUUUGACUAUGAUGUAUGUAUCUCCCAGUGGUUCAUAUCACUCCAGCUGCUUCUUUGUCACAUAGCUUACUAUUACUAGAGUAAAUAAUUUUGGAUCAUAAAAAUUUGCACAAUUUCUUAUUAUUAGUGUACUGUAGAGAAUAUUUUUAAGCAUGACAGUAGGGAGAAUAUCAGAUAUGCAUGGUAUAGGUGUGGAAAGCUAAGACUAUGCAAAUUGAUUGUGAAAAAAUUAGAUUUUAGGAUAAUCCUUAUUUUCAUUAUGGUCCAUAGUGCUGCCUGAGGAAACCAAAUUUUUUUUUAUUGCAUUAUGGAGCUUUGAAUACAGUAUUUGUUUCUCGCUCUAUUUUCUUGCAUAUUGUAUUGGAAUGUAAUAUGGUAAUGGCUAUUCAUCAUAAAGUGAGCCAUAUAUUAAUUUGUACCAUGUUUCACAAAUGAAAUUCCUUACAUUUCAGUCUUUGGUUUACUCAUGAUAUUCUCUUUUGAGCUCCCAUUAAUCAAAGGUUCCUACAAUCAUAGCAAUCUCUCAUGUAUAUUUCUAUAAGCCCUACAUUAUUUUACAAUAUUAAAAGGGGCUGUACAGUAUCUAGACUUAGAAGUGAUUUUUUAUUUAUUUUUUACCAAAAGUAAUCCAUGAUUUGUGGGUGUGUACAAUACCAGUAUGUACUUGAUUUUACCUGAAAAAAUUGUCAGUUGUCUUCAAUGGCUAUAGGUGGGUUACCAGUUAUGAUACAUUUAUAUCACACUACCCUUGUGUUAACAAAUUUCACUGCUGAGUAUGAAAGAUUAAUAUUGUAUGAAAGAAAGUUGAUCCAUGUGCAACAAUAUACAUGGAGGUGCCAAAAGUUGUGUACUGUAAUUAUAAAAAUAUUAACUGUUUGUGUCAUAAUGUUUGAAUCGAUAUUUUCUUAACAUUUGUAUAAUUUUCUUUUAAUUAGAUACCAAAUGAAUUCUUGCCACAGUUAGUUAUUUAAUUCAUAGACUUUUAACUUUUUCAGAUUUUAAGUAGUUUAUGUGUAAAUGAAACGGUUUCUCUCUCAUAUACUGUACUUGUUACUAUUAAUACAUGUUGUAGCUUCAUAAUUACAAAUGUGUGUUGUUUGCUGGGAUGAUCAAUUGCUUCUCGUUGAUGAGCUUUGCUCUCCCAUUUUAUUGUAUAUUGUUAAGUGUUUUGUGAAUAAAUUUUGUAGAUUAUUAGCUGUCUUCCCUGGAGACAGAUGUCAAAUGUAUAACAUUAAUUUUGCUACUAUAGCACAAUAGGAAUUGCAUUUACAUGUGGAUGACUGGAAUUCAAAAUUUUCAUAAAUACCCGGAUGAAAUGCUGCAUAUUAUCAAUGUUUCAAAAUUUGGGCCAUUAGAAUUUAAAAUCAUUGUGAGAUGUGAUCAUUUGCAGCUUGGUUGUUGGCUGCGCAUGGCAACAGUCCACCACUUGACCUUUGUAGGACUUGCACUACUACUGUGCCAAGUCAGUAAAAUGUUGCUGCUGAAUACUUGGGUGCUAAUCCUGUGCUAAAUACUGUAGUCUAAUAAUACAGUAAGACUUCAUUGGUAUGUAAGAUAAUUUACAGUUAAAAUGUGGCAAUGUAUAAUACAUUUCUUAGUACAGUAUGUCUGAUUUUGCUGGUAUUAAAUUUUAGGAGGUUUUGUGUGAUUGUUAUGUAUGAUUUACAAAGAUAAUUCGAGUGGUAGAUAAUGCAAGGUAAAAGCCAUAAAUGAUGGCCUUUCACAAAACCAGGUAGCAGUAUCUUAACUAACACUGCAAAUGUAUGAACACAACCUAGUGAUACUGUAUUUGUAAUUUUGUGAAAUUAUGCUACUAAUUUUAAACUUAACUGAAAUAGCUGGAGCAAAAUAUUGGUUUUAGUGUAGGAGGAUUUAAUGUUAAAUUUAGAAACCGCACAACACUCCAAAAUAAGUAUAAAAUUAUAUUUCUUAAGAGUGAUUGACAUUUUUAUGACAUUGCACCUUAUUUCCUCCUUCAGUACAGUAUUUAUAUUAUUUUUCAAGAAAUAAAUUCAAUUUUACUUAACUUUUUUAUGCUUAAUUAGUGCCUUUCUGAUGCCUUAGAUAUUUAAAUAUAAAUAUUAUAACCUUAAAAUGUUAAUAUACAAGUGCUGCGAGAGUUGCUUGAAACUGUACUAGUUCUUCCACUAAAGUAACAAAGAUAUGUAAGCUUAAUGCACAAGUCCUGUAGUAGUUGUCCAUUUUUGUUACAUCGAAUAUCAGCGAAGUUGUUACAGUAUUUAAUUUCUGUGAGAAUAUUUUGAUCAUACUACAGUACUUUGAAUAAUACAAUCACCUAUUUAGAUAUCAAUAGAAAUAUAUUUUAACUGAAAUUCUGUCAAUAUUUAACUACAGUAUUUGUAUAAACAUAGAGAUACUUUUUAUGGCUAGUCUGAUAGAAUCAUGAGAAGUGUUGCAGACAUUACUGAGGCAAGGUGGAUGUGGGUUUUGUAGAUUUUGUAUUAUAGUUAUGAUAAUACUUGAAGACUUUGGAAUAAAUUUGUUAACACUAAAUUUUACAGUGCACUUUAUAAUGAAUACUUUAUAUCAAUAUUAUUAUUCCACAGCAUUUGUAUACUGUAUUUUAUGACAACUGAUUUUACCCAUGGCUAAUUAUCCUUAUACAGUACUAUAUUUUUAAAUAUGACUAAAAAAUUAAAUAAGUCUUGAUAAUAUUUAAUUAUCUAUCCUAUGUAUAACCUUUACCACUUUUUUGCAGGAUACCAGUAUUAAUUUUCACCACAUUGGGCUGCAUAUUCCCCCAGUGAGUUAAGAAAGUCUAGGAAAGUGGGUCAGGCAGGACACCACCAAACUCCAUGGUCACUACACAUCUUAGCACAUUCCUCUUUGUUGAUUCAAACUCAGUAUUAUGGUAUCAGCACAACAGAUAACUGUUUAAGCAUUUUUUUUCUUAAGAUAACUGGAGGAUAUAAAUUUUUAAAUAUAAAGCAAGGUGUGAUGAUUAUAGACAUGCUGGAGCUGUGCUGUUUGAAUAUCUUUUUACUACUGUGGUUAUAAUUGCUUGCUAAUUGGCUAUGUAAGCUUUUGCACUAAAACAAGUGUAAUAAACUAUAAAACUACU